GCCCGUCGCCAUACUCAGCUUGGACGGUUGAUUGUCCUUCAGCUUUCACCUCACGAGACAGCGCUCAGACGACCGACUACAUAUUUUCGCGCUCACCGCCAGUCCUCCGUUAUGACUGAAUGGACAUGCAACUCGAACGAGGCCCUCACCAUCUCGCUCCUACGAGCGCCGGAGGAAGCAAACGAUCAGCGGGAGUCCUUCCAUCCCACUUUCACGUAUCCGAUAUACGGCGAGGAUGAGACAGUAUAUGGCUACAAGGACCUCGCCAUCAAUGUGCAAAUGGCUUCGGGAUCCCUAGCUACACGAGUCUCAUCCGCCUACUCUGCCAAGCUGAAGUCUUCCUCGUCCACUGUUGACGACGUGGAGGGUAUCCUGGCCAAGUUCCUUCCCGACGACCACUAUAAGGCAGCAGACGAAGCGGCGUUCCUUCAACGCGUGAAAGACGAUGCGUCAUCCUUCCGACCUUUCGGACAGAAAAUAUACUCGUACACGACGACCGGGAAGGGGAAGGGCAGGGCACUGGAGGAUGAUGUCGAGUAUGAGGUGUAUCAUGCGACCUUCGACGUCCCAGGCUUUAAGGAGUAUCACCGACGCAUGCAGUUGUUCAUCUUAUUGUACAUUGAGGCGGGAAGCUAUAUCAACGAAGAGGAAGACGGGUGGGAAUUCGUCGUAUUAUAUGAGAAGCGGAAAAGCCGAUCACAACCUGGUAGUUUCACCUAUCAUUUUGCAGGAUACUCGUCUCUCUACCAGUUCUACUACUAUCCGGAUCGGUUACGGCUACGCCUGAGUCAGUUCGUGAUUUUGCCGCCGUACCAGCGACACGGACACGGAUCGGAGCUGUACAAAUCAAUAUACGAAUACGUCCUUCGCUCGCCGCAUUUCGCCGAGCUCACCGUCGAAGAUCCGGCAGAAGCCUUUGAGGACCUUCGGGACCGCAGCGACCUUAGAAUGCUGCUCGCUCACCAAAAAUUCAUGGAGGAAGGCUUCGGCGCAGAUGCGCUGACCGCCGGCACGAGCGCCAGCCUCGGAAAACGGAAACGCGUCGCGGGCGCAUUCCAGGGAAAGAUGGGCCCACCCGCCGACAAGGCAUGGCUCGAAAAGUGGCGUUUGGAGCUGAAGAUCGCAGGCCGACAGUUCCAUCGGCUGGUGGAGAUGUUGCAGCUGCUUCAUCUGGAAGCAACUGGCGCCGAUGCCAGCGCCGUUCGGGCGUAUCGCCUUCAGGUCAAGGAACGAUUGUACCGGUUCAAUUACGAAAUACUGAUGCAGCUCGAGAGAGAGGAGCGCCUGGAGAAGUUGGAGGAGACGUUCCAGAGCGUGAAGGACGAUUAUUUGCGCUUGCUCGCCGGUGUACAGUGA